UGAGACCUCUCUGGGGGGCUGAGUCUGGCAGGUGUGCCCUGUCGGACCCCUUCCUGGCCUCAGCCCUGCUCCCCCUCUCUCUGCAGGUGAACGCCCAGGCUCUUACCAGUGCCUUCUCUCCACACACCAAGCCUUGGAUUGGUCUGGCUGAAGCUCUGGGGGCACUGAUGCAAGCCUGGGCUGGGUCCCCCAAAGGGACCAUCCAGGUGGUAACACAGGGAACGUCCCUGAAGAAUUCUGGGACCUGCCUGAGCCCCGCUGUCAUCGUCGGCCUCCUGAAGGAAGCUUCAUCGGCGGAUGUGAACUUGGUGAACGCCAAGCUGCUGGAGAAAGAGGCUGGCCUCGAUGUAACCACCUCCCACAACCCUGCUGCUCCGGGGGAGCAGGGCGGUGCGGAAUGCCUCCUGACCGUGGCCCUGGCAGGUGCCCCCUAUCAGGCCGUGGGCUUGGUCCAGGGCACUGCACCCAUGCUGCACGCACUCAACGGAGCUGUCUUCAGACCAGAAGUGCCUCUGCGCCGAGGCCUGCCCCUGCUCCUGUUCCGGGCUCAGCCCUCCAACCCUACCAUGCUGCCGACCAUGAUUGGCCUCCUGGCAGAAGCAAGGGUGCAGCUGCUGUCCUACCAGACCUCAGUGGUGUCGGAUGGGGAGACCUGGCACGCCAUGGGCAUCUCCUCCCUGCUGCCCAGCCUGGAGCCCUGGAAGCAGCACGUGACUGAGGCUUUCCAGUUCCAUUUCUAACCUGAGGCUCACCCGCAGCAGCCUCGCCGGGUUUCCUGAUGAAACAUACCCACUGGGAGAGGCGAUCCGCUUUCCUGGGGCUGACACCGCUUAUGCUGCAGACUCCUGCGGUGCAAUGAUAACCACUCAAUAAAGAGCUUGCCCAAU